GAUAAUGUUGGCGAUUACCAGGAYUCCUACAUUCCAAACCCUUCGUGCAAGCAGUGGGCAGUGUACGAGUGGCUAGGGAAGCUAUUUGGUGCUGUUUACCGYAGUGAUGAGAACCUGACACUGACUUGUCCACCGUUGUUUUGGAAGCUACUUAUAGGUGCUCACGUUACUUGGGCCAAGGAUUUUGCUGCUGUCGAUGAYGCUGCUGUCAGAUUCACAGACGAGUUAGAGCUGGUGGACGAAGAACUGUACCUUGCCACGUACGGCAACGAAUGCAAGUUUAGUACAGUAUUAAGUGACGGYACUAGAGUUGACCUCAUACCACAUGGAGAGACAAAAGGAGUAAUGACUUGUGAUCGAACUCGAUUCGCCUUUCUGCUGAGAGAAGCAAGAAUGACAGAAUCUGUUAAACAGGUACUGGCCAUCAGGAAAGGUCUCGUAUCUUGUAUUCCUGAAUCAGUAAUGAUGCUGUUGACAUGGAACGAGUUGGAGAGAGGUGUCUGUGGUAACCCUGUGGUUUCGCUGGAUGUUCUGAAGGGCGCCUGUAA